AUGCUUCGUUCUCUCUCUCUCUCUUUCUCUUUCUCUCUCUCUCUCUUACUUGAUUUCCUUUCUAUUAUUUUCCCGCCUCUCUCUAGCCUCUCUUUGGCUUUCCCUAUCUUCCUUUCCCAUAUUCUCUUACAUCUAGUGGUUUCUCCCCUCGCUCUGGCUUUUCCACUUUCUUGCUUUCUUUUCUAUAGCUUCACUCUCUAUUGCGUUACUCUCUUUUUAUUUUCAUUACUUUUUUCCUUCUGUGUAUUGAUUUCAUGUCUCUAUCGGUCGCUUCCUCCUCUCUCUGGCUUGCCACCCAUUGUUUCUUCACCCGCCUGCUUUCAUCUCCCUCUUGUUUUCUUCUUUAUUCGCUCCCUCUCUCUUUUUCUUUCUUCUAAAUCCGUUCCCCUCUCUCUUGCAUCUCAUUUUUACCCUAUUUCUUUCCUUCUCCCCCUGCCUUCAACUUUCUUCAACACUCUCUUCCCCUCUCUUUCUAUUACUUUCUAUUUUUCAUCGUUUUCAAAGUCUUUAUUUAUUUCCUUUACUUCCUAUGUCUUUCAGUCUCUAUCUAUUUCCCCCCCUCUCUCGCUUUCAUUGUCACUCUGUUUUCUUUAUCACUCUUCCAGCUUAAAUCUUUCUCUGCCACCCUCUUCUUCUAUUUGA